ACUUUGUACAAGUUUGUAAAAGCGUGUGUUGAUUGAGGAAUUAGGUGUGGAUUUUUAAAUAAGGAUUAUAUUAGCAGUGCCCCACGCGCCUUCGGCUCGAUGCGCGGCGUGCGACGGAGGAGGGAGCAUGCUGAUGCGGCUCCUCAUACUUAGCGCCGCGCUCGCGGCAGCCAACACCGGGAAACACGCAGGUGUAGGUGUUGAGGUGCCCGAAUUCGGCGAGCCCAUCACGAACUUGACAGUGCCCAUCGGACGCGACGCGACCUUCGAAUGUAUCGUCGUCAACCUUGGCAACUACCGGGUGGGCUGGGUAAAAGCAGACACGAAGGCCAUCCAAGCUAUCCACGAGCUGGUCAUCACGCACAAUUCCCGCGUGUCUGUCUCCCACAGCGACCACUCGACCUGGUACCUCCACAUCAAGAACGUGCAGGAAGAAGACAGGGGGCAAUAUAUGUGUCAAAUCAACACGGACCCUAUGAAAAGUCAGAUGGGCUUCCUCGACGUGGUGAUACCUCCAGACUUCAUCCCGGAGGAGACGUCGGGAGACACGAUGGUGCCCGAAGGAGGCACAGCCAGGGUCUCGUGCAAGGCGCGGGGAGUGCCGCCCCCGAGGGUCAUGUGGAAAAGAGAAGAUGGCCAAGAAAUUGUCGUUCGGGACCACACAGGUGCAAAAAGCAAAGUAUUGACUUACCAAGGCGAGAUCCUGAAGCUGACCAAGAUCUCGCGGUCAGAGAUGGGCACGUAUUUGUGCAUCGCCGGUAACGGUGUUCCCCCCACCGUUAGCAAGAGGAUCCAUAUAAGUGUACAUUUUCACCCAGUGAUUCAGGUGCCAAACCAACUGGUGGGCGCUCCGCUCGGCACAGAUGUUACCCUCGAGUGCUACGUCGAGUCCUCGCCAAAAUCCAUUAACUAUUGGGUCAAAGACCCAGGUGAGCUGAUAAUACCGUCUGAGCAUCACGAGAUGACUGUGAGGCAGAAGUCCAUGUUUGAAGCUGAGAUGACCAUGACCAUAAAGAACAUAAGGCGAGAAGACCUCGGCAGCUACAUUUGUGUAGCGAAAAACUCCCUAGGAGACGUCGAAAGCAAAAUUAGACUAUACGAAAUCCCGGGCAACGAUAGACAUGUCUACCAAUAUCCGGACGAAAGGAUAACUUCUGAUGACGAAUACGGAACUGAGAUAUACGAUGAGGACGUAGACAACGAAAAUAUCAAGAGCAACAGAGUGCCAGACCGAGCCAACAAAUGGUACGCCAACGAUGGAAAAGUUAUCGUGGCUGGAUCCAGCAACGCACGCAAACUCCUUCCCACGGUGGUUAUUAAAACGAUUUUCUUCCUACGCAUGUUAACAGUUUUUUAAUUAUAGCAAUGUGUACUUAUAAACAACAAUAUUUUGUAUACUCCCCAAUUAAUAAAUUGUCAGUAAAUUAUAUUAAUUUGCUUUCCAAUAAUUAUCCACUAUUAGGAAAAUAUAAUUGUUUUUACAUUUUAAUUGUGUCUUGGGGUAACAUGUGUUUUUAUUGUUUUAUUUUCACAAUUCCAUCAUCGUGUAACGUGAUAAUAACUAGAUUUAAUUAAACUUGUAUAUAGUUGUCUAGGAGAAUAUCUAAGGCAAUGUAACAAUUAUAAAUAACGGUACUAUUUAACUUCGAAUAGCUAUUGUUGGACAUGAGAAUUGUAUCUGUCAUGACAUAAGAAACUGUUUAUAUUGAAUGUGCCAUGUAUAUUUGCUAAUCUUGAAUAGAGACAUUUAUAUUAUAGAGUUUUUAUUGAGUACGAUAAAUUAUAAAAUGUAAAUAAUAUUUGAAAUGAUCAACUGUAACUGAUAAGAAUAGAAAGCCUAUUUACAGCUAGUUAUUUGUUUCAGACGUAUCUAAAUAUGACUAAAUUGACGCCGAAAGUUUAAAGUUUUAAAUUGUUUACAGUGCUUUGACUCCGAUUGCAACUUUGGAUGAGGGUAAUAAAAGUCAUUUUCAAAACAACUUGAUAUAACGUUUGAAAACCUUUUCCAGCGUUACAAUUGAAGUCUUUUUCUGCGUAUCUCUAAAUAGCGU